AGUAUUGCAGCAUAGGGGGCGUGUUGUGACGUCACUGACGCGCAGUAUAUUUCCGUUUGAAGCGACGCCGCAGCAGCGCCAGUUCGGGAUCGAAGCCUUCGGACGUCAGACGCAGCCUGCGGACGCCUGACAACUCCCAACUAUACUCCUUCCACUUUCUGACACCACCGCCGCCACACCAGAAUGAAUUCAGUGGUCCGCCAGCUGGGUCGCGGCUUGCGAAGCGCCGCUCCGUUAAGUCGCCGCGGCGUCCACUCGGGCAGGUCGCGUUCCGCUUCCGCCGCCGCCACCGCUGCGAAGAAAUCGGAACAGCCGCUUGCACCGGAGGAGAUAUACGCCCGUGAGGAAAAGUACGGGGCGCACAACUACCAUCCCCUGCCCGUGGCCCUGGAGAGGGGCGAAGGCAUCUUUGUGUGGGACGUGGAAGGCAACCGCUACUUUGACUUCCUCAGCGCCUACAGUGCCGUCAACCAGGGCCACUGCCACCCCAAGAUCAUUGCUGCCCUCAACGCCCAGGCCUCCAAGCUCACCCUGACCUCCAGAGCCUUUUACAACGACAUCCUGGGGGAGUACGAGGAGUUCGUCACCAACAUGUUUGGUUACGACAAAGUCCUACCCAUGAACACCGGUGUGGAAGGUGGCGAGACGGCCUGUAAGCUGGCUCGUAAAUGGGCUUACAACGUGAAGGGUACCCCGCAAGACAAAGCCAAGAUCGUCUUUGCAGCUGGGAACUUUUGGGGUCGUACCUUGGCAGCCAUCUCCAGCUCCACCGACCCCACUUGCUACGAAGGGUUUGGCCCCUUAAUGCCGGGCUUUGAGCUGGUUCCGUUCAAUGACAUUCCAGCACUGGAGCAAGCCCUUCAGGACCCACACGUCGCAGCCUUCAUGGUGGAGCCCAUCCAGGGCGAGGCUGGGGUAGUGGUGCCUGACGAGGGCUACCUGACCAAAGUCAGAGAGCUUUGCAGUCGACACAAUGUGCUGUGGAUUGCCGACGAGGUCCAGACAGGCCUGGCCCGCACGGGGCGGCGUCUGGCUGUGGACCACGAGCAGGUGCGUCCAGAUGUAGUCAUCUUGGGAAAGGCUCUUUCGGGAGGAGUUUACCCCGUGUCUGCCGUGUUGUGUGACGAUGAGAUCAUGCUGACCAUCAAGCCCGGGGAGCACGGGUCCACGUACGGAGGUAACCCCAUCGCGUGUCGAGUGGCCAUCGCCGCCCUCCAGGUGAUGGAGGAGGAGAAGCUGGCAGAAAACGCGGAGAAGAUGGGAAAGUUGCUGCGCAAUGAGCUGAGGAAGCUUCCAUCAGACAUCGUGACCACGGUGCGAGGCAAGGGCCUUCUCAACGCCAUUGUCAUCAAGGAGACCAAAGACUACGACGCAUGGAAGGUGUGCCUGCGCUUCCGUGACAACGGGCUCCUGGCAAAGCCGACCCACGGCGACACCAUCCGCCUGGCCCCGCCCCUCACCAUCAACGAGGAACAGCUGAGGGAGUGUGUGGAUAUCAUCCACAGGACCGUCACCUCACUCUAAAGUACCAAACGGUUCCACCCACCCACUCGGCAUCUUGUUUUGACCACUAUUCCCAAACACUCGUACUUCACAAAUACUCGUACAUUACUGAGGCUUCUCUUAAAAAGGGGAGCAAUUGUACUUUAGUUGACUUUACCGCAGGGCUGCAUUGAAUGUAUGCCAGUGCAAGUCAUUCUUUUAAAAUGCUUUCUCCAAUGAAGCAUCCCAGCAAAAGACGCUUAUGAAUUUACAAAAAGUGCAUAAGCUUCACUCGUUAAACCAACAUUUGCUAGUGAACCUGGAAUGCUUCAAUUGAGCAUUCUGUAAUACCAAGUGGGGGCAGCAGAGGUCACUGUGCAGCAAUCAAUGUUUGGUUAACAGUGGUUAGUUCCUUUUUGUCAAAGGACGAUUCGAUGAAAGUUUGCAAUGAAUAUAUCCUAUUUAAAGGGUCAAAAUUUUGCGAACUCACUAUUGAAGGAGACAGGCUUGUUGUCUUUUUUUUUUUGAGACUAAUGGUUUGUUACAAAAGAACCCUAAAUCUGAAUUUUUUUCCAAUAAAUUAUUGCAUUCUUCAA